CGCCAUGUUCCAGUCCCUCCUCGAAACCCAGCUCACCUUCGACACGAUGUCCUCUCGCGCUCAGAGGGCAUUCGCGAUUCAAUUUUGCACCUCAUCAUUGAGAACUGAGAUGGAGUCCAAGCACUGCUUGGAGAAGAUCCUCGGACCGAACUCCAACGGCCCUGUCAAGUAUGCUGGUGCCUCUGAAUGGUAAGGCAAAAUGGAGCUCGGUUCUUGCAAUGGCUUGAAAAGGAAGCUUGCUAUGUUGAUUCAUGAGAUUAUUGUUGGGCCACAGUUUCGUAUUCAGGUGUUUGCAAAUGCCUAUUCUUAGACAGGGUCCCGGUGGUCUUUACUGAAUCCUGAUGAGCAUUUCUGGUUUUCUUAAAAUAUAGACAGUUGUGAAUACAAACGGUGGAUGUGC